AUGUUUCCAAAUGUUAUCAUUCUUUGUGGUUAUAUGAGUUGUAUGUGUCUAUUAACAAGAAAGAAAAUAGUAGUUAUAAAGGGUAAAUAAAUAGAGCUGAAAAUAAUUAUGAAAUAUGAAAAAUAAUCUUAAAGCUAAUUUAACCAGUCCAAUUUAAAUGAAGUAGUAACUGAUAACUCGAAAUUGUAGCUGAUUUAAAAGAAUGAAACAGAAAAAUUGUUAUUAUAUGAUAAAACAACAAAAAAUGAUAUGAUUAAACUAGUCAAAUUAAAGUAAAAUAAAUAAACCCAAUCAUUUCAUGACAAUGGUACAUAAACAGAAAGAAAUAGUUCAAUUUAGCUAAAUGAAUAAUUUGAUGGUAAAUAAUUAACUUAGGAAUAAGAGGAUGCUGGUAAAGCUAUUAGUAAUUUAAGAAGACAUAAAAGCUUAAACAGAUAAAAAAAAUCGCUGUCAAUAUUUUAAAAUAACAUAAUUUAUGGUGCAUUAGUAGCUCCGUAAUGCAAUAUCAAUAGCAUUGUAGAGUUCAAAUUACCAUAACUUAGUCCUUAAAUGAGUAAUAAAUAGCAUUAAAAAAUAAUAGAAGUAUAGCAAUAAAAUAAUAAGAUGAAAAAAAAUCAAAUUCAAAGAACUCUUUCAUAGGUAAAAUAGAAUUAACUAGCUUAAUUCAGUUAAUUAAUCCUGCCUCCAAUAUAAACUCCAGAAUAAAUAACAAAUUUUAAAAGUAAGCUUUUUUCAGACAUUAAAAAAGAGAGAUUUUAAAAAUUCAACUGUGAUUUAAAAGAAAGAAUUUUUAAAAUUUAGGACAAUUAUAUUAAUAAAAUAUAAUUUAAUUAAUUUGUCGAUGAAUUAUUUUGA